CUCAUCGCAAGGGCAGACGCUUGUGAAACCAAUAAUGAAUUUCUUGGACCGGCCUCCAACACCGCAUUCAUGAAGCACAUACGGCAGGUCAUAGAGGGCCACCCUCUGGAGGAUAGAGCAUCAAACUCGCAAUCGAAUCGAAUCGACACUCACUUUUCUGACGGUUCUCCCGACUACGUGCUACCACCUCGCCAGCUUGCAGACUCGCUAGUCGACCACUAUUGGAACUAUGUUCACCCACUGUACCCAUUCUUACACAAGCAAAGUUUCCACGAAACUUACGAGGCUUUGUGGACCGGCCAGAAAUUCCCCAUCACUACUUGUACAGUUAUGAGAACCGAUGAGGUAACGUCUGUGUGCAUCUUAAACCUUGUUCUUGCCCUUGGGUGUCAGUAUCACCAUGAGCACGGGGCGGGAAAGGCCCGUGCUACUGCAGAAGUAUUUUACAAAAGAGCUCGAUCAUUUCUUCGACUGAACCCCACCGAACCAAGCAACAACACCUUGCAACUUGUACAGGGAAUGUUACUCAUGACACAAUUUCUGAUGGGCACUGGUCAUACUCACAAAGCUUGGGGUGUCGUAGGUAUGGCAGUCAGAACCUGCUAUCAACUUGGGCUUCACCGCGCUGCAGACACUGGCGCGGACACCUUUCCAAGGCCAGUACAGAGAGAAAUUGUGAGGAGGGUUUACCAUGGCGCGCUGAUGCUCGAGAGACUGGUUUGUAUGAAUCUAGGACGCCCAGCAAUGGUCUCCGUGUCCACGCUUGAUUCGGUUUCCCUUCCCAUCGAAACAGAUGACGAUGAUGACCUCCAAUCACUGCAAGCAGCACAGUCAAGCAAAUCCCUUCUUUCUUUCUUCAAUCAUUCAGCUAGGCUCUACGAAAUCGCGCAAGAAAUCUUAGUUUCAUUGUAUUCUGGUGGCAACCAGACAGAUAGUGACGGACUUGAUUCGUACUUCCUUAGAGAUCAGUCUGUUUUUAGACUAGAAAGCUACCUGCGUAAAUGGUACGCAGGGAUACCAUCUUAUUUGCGCCUCGAUCCAGAUGCGCUCAACGUCGAGGGCCAAAUGCUUGCUAACAAUAGUCGCUUACCAAACCAUAGAUAUCUACAGGUUCGCAUCUAUCUCUUCCGACCAAUUUUCGUCUUUGUGUGUACAAAUUCUGGGAAACAGUGCAGCAACAAGCACAAGAAACUUGAGGAUGACGACCCUACCGGAGGGCUUGCGUUCCGCACCGCCUCACAGUGUUCUUUCCUUUGCGUGGAGGCAGCCAUCAGAUUGAUCAAUGUGAUGCAUGACAACUUGACAUCCAGACAAGCGUGGGGACGAAAGCCGUCCUGGCUUUAU